UUUCUCGGCUGCGCAAGCGCGCUGUGGGCUGUGAGCUGUCAGGAGCCUAGCAGCGGGAGGCAGGGAUCGGACCUCGGUUCAGGGACUCAGCAGUGUGAGCCCCGCGCAGUGACAACCGGGACAAGUGCUGCGAGGCCUCGGCUGCCUGCCAGGUCACAAAGUCGAGCGGGGACCUGUGGGGCAGUCGGCCGCACAGGCAAGAUGGGGAACCGGGAGAUGGAAGAGCUAAUCCCUCUAGUGAACCGUCUGCAGGACGCUUUCUCGGCUCUGGGACAGAGCUGUCUGCUAGAGCUGCCGCAGAUCGCCGUAGUGGGCGGCCAGAGCGCCGGCAAGAGCUCAGUGCUGGAGAACUUCGUGGGCAGGGACUUUCUUCCUCGAGGCUCAGGCAUUGUAACCAGACGACCUCUUGUACUCCAGCUUGUCACCUCGAAAGCAGAAUAUGCUGAGUUUCUACAUUGCAAAGGAAAAAAAUUUACAGAUUUUGAUGAAGUUCGCCAUGAGAUCGAAGCAGAAACAGACAGAGUAACGGGAAUGAACAAAGGCAUCUCUUCUAUACCCAUUAACCUCCGAGUCUACUCUCCCCACGUGUUAAAUCUAACACUGAUCGACCUACCUGGAAUAACGAAAGUGCCCGUGGGAGACCAGCCGCCAGAUAUUGAGUAUCAGAUCAGAGAUAUGAUUAUGCAGUUCAUCACGAGGGAGAACUGUCUGAUUUUGGCUGUCACACCAGCCAACACCGAUCUUGCGAACUCGGAUGCACUGAAGCUAGCCAAAGAAGUUGAUCCUCAAGGUCUGAGGACCAUUGGCGUUAUCACCAAGCUGGAUCUCAUGGAUGAAGGAACGGAUGCCAGGGAUGUACUAGAGAACAAGCUGCUGCCUCUUCGCAGGGGCUACGUGGGGGUGGUCAACAGAAGCCAGAAGGACAUAGAUGGAAAGAAAGACAUUAAGGCAGCCAUGUUGGCAGAAAGGAAAUUUUUUCUUUCUCACCCGGCGUAUAGACACAUUGCUGACCGUAUGGGGACCCCACACCUCCAGAAGGUCCUGAAUCAGCAACUUACCAACCAUAUUCGAGAUACCCUGCCCAACUUCAGGAACAAGCUACAGGGACAGCUGCUCUCCAUAGAACAUGAAGUAGAAGGCUUCAAAAACUUCAAACCGGAAGACCCCACAAGGAAGACCAAAGCACUGCUGCAGAUGGUCCAACAGUUCGCUGUAGAUUUUGAGAAGAGAAUUGAAGGGUCAGGUGAUCAAGUAGACACCUUAGAGCUCUCUGGCGGUGCUAAGAUCAACCGCAUUUUCCACGAACGCUUUCCUUUUGAGAUAGUGAAGAUGGAGUUCAAUGAGAAAGAACUGAGAAGAGAAAUAAGCUAUGCAAUCAAAAACAUACAUGGGAUCAGGACAGGGCUGUUUACCCCAGACAUGGCGUUUGAGGCAAUAGUCAAAAAGCAGAUAGUUAAACUGAAAGGACCUUCCUUGAAGAGCGUGGACCUGGUGAUGCAGGAGCUGAUCAACACUGUGAAGAAGUGUACCAAGAGGCUGGCAAACUUCCCCAGACUCUGUGAAGAAACAGAAAGGAUUGUUGCUAACCACAUCCGUGAGCGAGAAGGGAAGACAAAGGACCAGGUCCUGUUGUUGAUUGACAUUCAAGUCUCUUACAUUAACACCAACCAUGAGGACUUCAUCGGCUUUGCAAAUGCUCAGCAGAGGAGCAGUCAGGUUCACAAGAAAAGCACAAUUGGAAAUCAGGGAACCAAUCUUCCGCCUUCAAGGCAAAUUGUGAUUCGUAAGGGCUGGCUGACCGUCAGCAACAUUGGCAUCAUGAAAGGAGGCUCGAAGGGCUACUGGUUUGUCCUCACUGCAGAAAGCUUGUCCUGGUAUAAAGACGAUGAGGAGAAAGAAAAGAAAUACAUGCUUCCCCUGGACAACUUGAAGGUCCGGGAUGUGGAGAAGGGCUUCAUGUCCAGCAAGCAUGUCUUUGCACUCUUCAACACAGAACAAAGGAAUGUAUACAAAGACUAUCGUUUCCUGGAGCUGGCCUGUGAUUCCCAGGAAGAUGUGGACAGCUGGAAAGCAUCUCUGCUCAGAGCUGGGGUCUAUCCAGAUAAAUCUUUAGGGAGCAUCAAAACUGAAAAUGAUGAAAAUGGACAAGCAGAAAACUUUUCCAUGGACCCACAGUUGGAGAGGCAAGUGGAGACCAUUCGCAACCUAGUAGACUCCUACAUGUCAAUAAUCAACAAAUGCAUCCGAGACCUAAUUCCAAAAACAAUAAUGCAUCUUAUGAUCAAUAAUGUGAAAGACUUCAUCAACUCUGAACUCCUAGCGCAGCUCUACUCUUCCGAGGACCAGAACACUCUGAUGGAAGAGUCUGCGGAGCAGGCUCAGCGCAGGGAUGAGAUGCUCCGAAUGUACCAAGCCCUGAAAGAAGCCCUGGCCAUCAUUGGUGACAUCAACACAGCCACUGUCUCCACCCCAGCCCCACCUCCAGUAGAUGACUCCUGGCUCCAGCACUCCAGAAGGUCACCUCCUCCAAGCCCCACCACCCAAAGAAGGUUGACUCUAAGUGCUCCCCUUCCGAGGCCCACAUCUGGCCGUGGACCAGCUCCUGCUAUCCCCUCUCCAGGCCCCCACUCUGGGGCUCCCCCAGUCCCAUUCCGUCCUGGCCCAUUACCUCCUUUUCCCAACAGCAGUGACUCCUUUGGAACCCCUCCGCAAGUUCCAUCCAGGCCCACCAGGGCACCCCCCAGCGUUCCAAGCCGGAGGCCACCCCCAUCACCAACUCGCCCCACUAUAAUCCGUCCGCUAGAAUCCUCACUGUUAGACUAAGCGGAGUGUCCGGCAUGGCAAUUAACCACUAAUGAUUUAUGCAGAUGCAGCACAUCCGGUAACCUUUGCAGUCAGCCAUGAGUAGUCGCAUGUAUGGACCUCCAUAGGCAAGUAGCCAGUCUUACUAACGUGUGCAUCACUCAUCUCCAUCGCUCACGGCAUGUCAGACCUUUGGGGUUUGACUCUGAAAACCUGCUAACCUGUAGAGAGGCUUAAUAUGUUGUACUGACCAAGGUAGUUUUUUUAUAUAUAUAGCAGUCCUAUACUUUGGCACCAUUUAUCUAUCCAACAUAUAUCGGAAGUUGCUUUGGAAGAGUUUUCUAAGCUGUCUACAGAGAAGCUUAUGGCGAUUGUCAACAGAUCCAAGAGAGUGAGCUUGGAACCACACCUACUUUCCCCACAUUCCGUUUAGGGUGGCAGAAACUCUGCCGUCUAACAUUGACACCACCACUCAGUCCACAGCUGCUUAUGUAGGCUUCUUUCCCUCCUUACUUCAUAGGACUGCUUGAAGAAAAAAAAGGGGGGGCGGGGGGCAAAGUUCUUAAGUCAGGAUUGCUUAAGAUGGAAGCGUCUCAGGAGUGCGAGGCAGUUUGCAGAGGGAAAGCCUCUAGGGUUUGCCCCGUGGAGCUUCUCCUAGCGCCUGCGCGUUUCGCAUCGUGCUAGAAGCACAAGCAACAUCAAGGCAGAGCUUGAGGUUUUUCGGUAAUCAGUUGAUAGAUUCGGCUACUCUCAGAGUUCAAAGGAAAAGCAAAACCUAAUUACCAUUCUAAGAGUGUCUGAGAAAAUAGAAUUUAUCAUCUUAUUAUUUACCUCUUUGUGGGCUAUGAUGAAGGAAGGCUGACACUGAAAGUGUAUAAUUUUCCAGUUGAUUGGAGGGCAUGGGUAACUAACUCCAUUUAGUUAUUAUGAUUAUUAUGUUGGCUGGAGAAAAAUUAAGUGUAUGGUAGCACAUGAUUUGUAUGGUUUACAUAUAAAUGAUUAUACAAGGAUCAUUUUAAAGAAACGGCUUUAAUGUCUCUACCCAUCCCAGACUCCCUUAAAUCUUGCAGCUUACUAUGACACAAUUUCACGGCAAGUAGGGCCCCCGGUAUGGGAAGGCAAUCCAUCAGAGAUGCCACAGUUUAAGAGCACAGCUCACAUGUUUGCAGAUGCCUCGCUCCAGCUUGCUCCUGAAAAGCAUCCUCCUCGCCAGAUUGAGCUGCAGAACAAGCUUGCAGUUUCUAGGAUCUCUAAACUUUCCGAGAGCAGGCUAGCCUAAAGGUUAAGGUCAGCCCUGAGGCUACGUUUUGAACUACCUAGGACCAGGUGCUUAGAAUGUAGGGAACAGCUAGAAGCCAAAUGGAAUUCUGUCUGCGAACUGCACCCAGACGGCAGAGCGUGCGAACUGCACCCAGACGGCAGAGCGGGCUUGCCCUGAAUUGUAGCGUCCCAAGACAUUAUUCCAUAAACACAAAGGUAAAUCAGGUUUUACUAACUGCAGCAUUUUCUUUGAAGACAGUCAACAUGAUUUGUAUUCGAACUUCACUUUAAUUUCCUGUGCAGUUUCGACCCAAAGCAAGUGGCUAUAAAGUAUGAUGUGAAAACUUUAGGCGUUAUUUUUAAAAGGUUUUUUUUUUCCCAAGUGAAAUGCCACUGCAUCAAACUUAUUCUAAUGGGUUAGAUCUAACUUUUAAUUGGCAAAAAUUAGGGAAUAUGGGGCAUACCAAGGGGUAUUUUUCAACCUUUAAGUGACAUAGAAUAACUCUAACAUCUCUAAUUUAUUUUCCCUGUUGAAGAACAAUAUUUGUGAAUGGAACUCAUGUAAGACAUGCACAUUGUCUUUGAAAACAGUGUCCCAGCUAAAUGGAAAACCGUUAAGCAAACGUUUAUAAUCAAACAACUAAUGAGCAAUGAGGUCCCCCCACCAAACCCCUCCUCUCAGCACUCCCUAUGCUUCCUCCUAGGAGACCUCAAAGCAGGCAGCUAGCGAAUCGGAUACUUUAGGGCUUGGCUUUGCUCUUCCUGCAGUAUUGCAUCUUGCUAUAGUUCAAAGUUUUCCUUCUGUUGGAGGAAACUAUUGCAGAAAACCACUGGUGUGCGUUCUUGAAUCGGCACAAACCAACGUCAAGGAAAACUAGGGAUUUGUCGCUCCAAAUUUCUUCCCACGGAUCCUAGAUGGUCGUUAACAAUGGCACUCGUCAUCUUUAGCUCUUGCUUCUUGAGACACAGGUUCCCUGUCCCAAAUGUCUCCCUUUGUCAGGACAGUUCUGUUCUCUUUGCUACCAAGUUAUAUCUGGUGGUAGCCAGAAUCCCCUACUCCACCAACCCCUCCCCAGAAGUUCAACACUGGCACCCCAGAAUGUUUUCAGAUUGCUACAGUUCAAAAGGUUUGCACUCUGCUAACAGCAGAUUCCAACGGAAAUGAAGCCUGAAGUUUCAUUGGAGUGUGCGAGAGUAUACGUCAGGCCUUAGGACUUGCAUGUAAGCUCGAAAGACCUUCUGCUUCCCACUCCGUUUCUAAUCUCUCAGUCAACCUCCUGGUUGAUGACGCCAACGCUGUCAGCACAAUAGAUGUAGCUCUAUCUUGUCUAGCAUAAUAAUAACUUUAAAAAGUGUCUUUAGGAUUUGAAAAGGUUGCUAAGUAAAGGCAGUUUUCCUGUCGCAUGCUAAAUUUUGCGUGCAGAUUGGCUAACUGGAAUAACCAGCCAUUUGUGGAUGGACAAUGAAACAGUAUUGAUUUAGAACAGAUAUAUUUCAAAAAAAAAUCAUCUACCAAGAAUACCUUCUUGAAUAUUGCCUUUAGGUGUGUUUUAUAACAUAGAAGAGCAGUGGGGUCUAUUUAUUGGCAAUUUCUCUGUUUGUGCAGAUACAUACUCAUUCUAUCCAAACGUGCAACCAAACAGUUCUUGUGGUAUGAGCAUUCUAAAUUUAGAAUUAAGAAGUAGCCACAUAGAUUCAUUUGUAAUUUCAUUAAACUGUAGUCAUACUCUACACCGUGAAAUGGGACCUGACACCAGUAUAUGACAAGCCUUGUUUUCUGUGCACUCAUUUUCUCUGCAUGUCCCUAGGAAUACGCUAUGUACAUAGUGACCAUGUAUUUUGUGUCCUUUUGAGUAAGUAGGUUCAAAAGCAAUUACUAAAAUGCUAUUAAGCAUGAAUGUGAUUUUAUGUGCAUCAUAUAUAGAUAUAUGACUAUAAAUAUCAGUGUAAACAUGUGCUCAGUAUGUAAGAGUAUAAAUAUACUUUUAACUAUGUUAAUACGUGAUAUAUGUUGGGAAGACCUGUUAUAACAUGAUUAUAGUAGUUCACUUCUCAUAACACACAUGUGAAACAUGAACUCUCCUAACUCAUACUGUACAUAUCUUGAGGGGCACAAAGCUUAUGAUAACCAUAAUGACCAUCAUAAUUAUAACCAUGACAAAGUAGAGUAAUGUCUACAGUCAUUUGUGUUGAAACCCACAGCACUGCUACCUAAGAAGGCAUUACUUUUUGGGUGAAAAAAAACGUAAGAUUUGGAAGCUUUUCUCCAGGGUCUCUAGUUAAAAUCCUGUUAUUUGGGGAUUGUUGAGCUGACUCUUAAAAAAAGCUAAGCUAAUCUGUAUUGUCGUGAGUUCUCUUCAGUUAAAGUUGAAAGAAUACGAAGUCAGCAACACAAGAAAUAGGUCUUUCUGAGCAAAACUGUUAAAACACCCAGGGGAAGGACAUUCAGUUCCUUGCAGGUAUGUUAUCUGCUCUGUCAGGUAAACCAUUGACAUGUGGAAAACUGUGCAAUUCCUUUAAAUUGAACUUUGUAGGAUGAGUAACAAAGCAUAAACGGACCUCCCAGCUAUCUUAAUGCAGUGAGAGAUGUCCGUGCGUAAGCCUGAAGCCUGAAGCGCGAGCUUUGUCCUCUCACCCAGCACGGGUAGCUGUGAACUCUGAGUUCCUGUGAAUGAAGCCAAUUCUAGAGAAUAAUGGAUCCUUCCCCAGAUCCUUUAGUCUUUUCUAAAGAACUCAGUUUGUCUUCUAGAUAAUAAUAGGCCGUCUGUCUAGCUGAUGUGUUUAAAAUUACGUGGUGCUCUGUAUGUGAAACUGUAACAGUAUUUUUGAAGUAUAUAUAGUAUAUGCAUCGCUAGUUGUGUAUAUAUACAUACAUGUAGUACUAUCUGUAUGUGUGGAGAGCAAGAGACAGGAAACCUCAAAGACUCUCCUGUUUAAAACCUGUUUGUACUGGUAUGCUGGUGAGACUUCUCAUUCCACUGCUCAAGGCCUUCACAUGUGGCUCAGCUCAAGGCAUUCAUUUCUUUAUAGCUUUUACCUUUAAAUCCCUUAAAUGUUACUCAUAAUGUUUUCAGUUUAUCCAAAAACCACUGUCUUGUAUGGACUGCUGCCAAUCUGUAAAAAUGACUCCUCACAAACCAGAAAGCCUACCACGAUAACCUUGUGUGUUUGAUUUCAUAUGUGCACUGCUUUCGUUCCAUGGUCUUGUACCUGUUCCUCUUCUCUCCCAAUUCUGAGUCAAACUUCAUUUCGCUUUUGUGUGAAUGAUUGAGUACAUAGAAGUCAAACCUUGUUUUCUCUGUUGAUUCUUUAACAUGAGCCAGAAUAUUUCCCACUGUCGUUUUUACCACUCUGGGGAUUUCUUAAUGCUGGAUUAAUAUGGAUUCUGUGAAUGGGAUUUUUGAAGCAAAUUCCUAAAGCCUGAAUCAUCCUUGAAGGUCAUGUACCUAUUGUGAAAAAAUGUGAAACUGUAUUUCUGAACCUGAAAUAAAUUAUUACAUUUGAAGGAACCCCUAA